AUGUUAACUGGCACCUCGACAUCAUCAGCAAUUUCAACCACACCACUGUUUGAUUCAUUACCCAAAGAAGAUUUCCAUGCUACCACUCGUGAGUAUCUCCGAUCCAUUACUCAACAAGUAUCGGGAGCUUUGAUCCGUGUUCCAAAAAAGGAAAUUAUUUCAUCUCAUCAUCAUGAUCAUCAUCAACAACAACAACAACAACAAACACCCGUAGGAGAACCACUCACAGAAGAGGAUGAAUGUAUUGUAUUUUAUCAAGCCUAUAAUUCCACUAUUGCAAAUUAUGCCGUUAAACAUCAAACCUUUAAAGGCUGUUCAGCCUUUGAUAUGAAACGUAUGACUUGGAUUAAACCCAAUUAUUUAUGGAUGAUGUAUCGGAGUGAAUUUGCUACGGCCUGGAAUCAAACCAAUAUUCUAGCCUUGUAUAUUCAAAGAGAGUAUUUUGAGAAGGUAAUUCUAGAGAAUGCUGUAUGCUCCAUGUAUUAUCCCGAGUUGGAACGAUAUUAUGGAUCGAGGAAAGAAUGGGAAAAGGCUUGCUCGAGGCAUAAACAAAAAGCUGGACAAUAUGUGAAUAAGAUUAAAAAAAAAGAACACGAGAGGAAGAAACAACAGUUCGCUGAAGACUCGAUUCAAGAAUUGGUGAAAGAGCAAAUGAAAAUGGAAAAGGAAUAUUCCAAUGAAGAAGAACAAAAUUCGUCACAACACAAUGAACCAAUAGCUCAAAAAACGUCAAGGGACAAUCAAAUCCAAGAAGAGGCGAACGAUUCGAAUGAAGAAACAACUGAAGAUGAGGAGUUCAUUGUUGGUUUUGCACGAGUUCAAUGGGAUCCCUAUCACACUCCUGCCUUUGGAAAAGUACAUGGAGGAUUGACACGAGCCAUUCAGAUUGGUUUGAAAGGUACUUUUAUUACUAAUAUGGUAAAAUGUGGAGCAUUACGAAAAAUUGAAGAUAUUACCGACUACGUGAAACAACAGCAUGAAAAGUAUAAGGAAAGUGGUGAAAUUACAAUUCCUGUUGAGCGAUUUAUUGAAAUUCACAAUGAAUCGACGUGUAAGAAAUUGGGAAUUGUUGAACGAAUUCCAUCACAACAAUAG